GCAAGAAGGGUCAUUAUGCCAACGAGUGCUGGAACCCUCGCGUGCAGCAAGUUCAGAGUCAGCCCUGUGCCGGUGCCGACGGUUGCCCCGGUGAUCUGCCGGCUGCAAAACAGGUGGUAUCAGCAAAGGUUGCAGCCAAGCCGGUUGAUAAAGCCACGCCCAAGGAGAAGAAGUGGCCCCCGGCUAUGAGGCAGCCCGCGAUUUGCUUCUACCGCCAGCGGUGA